CCCAUAAUGCCCUUCGCAACAUCCAGCCCCCACCUUUUGGCGAAAAACUUAAAAUCACGGGCGGGAGAAGACUGAGUGGGUUGGCUCUCGAAACUAAGUUGUAACGUUAACCGUUUUAAGCCAAAAUAGCUAAUAAGUCAAGUAAAACGUGUUAUUUUAAAAUUUGUUAUUUGAGUCAAAGAGGAGGCAAGAAAACAGAAGUUAACCAACAGUAGCGACAUCGACUGAACUUUCCGAGAAACGGGAAGUGAACCAACGGUGUAAAGAUGAUCAUGAAGGGUCAGAAGCGUAAACUCCCACCUGAGGAGGUGGAGGUUUCAGACAGGAGCAGCCUUGCCUGGGAGAGCCAGCGCCAGUUUGUGUUCUCAGUUUCCCUGAGCAAGUAUCAGCGUGGUCAGGAGCUACCCGAGCCCAGCCUGCGGCGGUCCGUUCUGAUAGCCAACACACUGCGGCAGAUCAGUCUGGAAGCUUGCAGGGCACCCUCUGUAGAGCUGCCGCUGCCACCUUGUAGUUCUUCAUCUGUGCUGCAGACGAGGGAGCAGGAGAGUAUUUUCCAAGGGGUCGCUACAGCAAAACAUCACUCGGCAUUCAUGGUUGCUAAUAGUCAGUCAGCUCUUCCCAACUGUCACCUGGUUUCAUCAAAUUGCGCCACAGGUAUGUCUCCAGCAAGCUGCUACUCAAGUACAUCGAUGUGUGUACAAGAAGAUGAUGAGGACUGGGGAUCGAUGUCCACCGAUCCUGAUUUCUCUCUUUCAGCUGCCGUUUCCUCCAUCCUCACCGCACUGGACUCGACCAUCGACGGAAGCCAACAGGCAGCUCCGCGGACACCUCUCAGGUCCUUGGAGAACCUGUCUGGGUUCUCUGAGGGAGGUGUGGCAUGGAUGAAACAGGGGGUCAGAGGCUACGGGGGCAGCUGGGAGCAGCAAGAGGAGUGCAGGGUGCGGGAGACCAGCAUGGAGGUGAUGAGGUCCAGCUACCUCAGUGAUCUCACUGUGGAGGAUCUGUUCCAGGAUAUAGACACCUCCCUGCUGGAGAGGGACAUGGGUAUACUUGGGCUGAGAGGCAGUGGAGGCGGAUACCCGGCUGGGGAUGAUCUCCUACGAUACCUGCCACCUUUCUCUCCCCCAUCAUCCCCCUCGCACCCCUUCUCUCUUUCUCUCAACCAGAAUCUAAAGUGCCUGCCUUCAUUUGCCUCAUUCAGCCCAUCGUCUUUCUCAUCCAACUCACCUUCUCUCUCCUCACCGCCAUCUUCUCCCUUCUCUGGUCAGAAUCAUAUGAGAGAAGGACUUGAGCUGGAGCAUCUGAUGGAGAUUCUGGUGGAGUCCUGAUAGUCUCAUCAUACUGUAAGAAAUCCACUUCCACAGGAAGCAACUUGAACAAAAACUGAAAUGCAGAUUCCUACAGAUUCUAAUAGCAAAUGGCCUGAUUUACUUUUUUUUAUACUACUCAAGAAAUAGUUUAUUAUGGGCUUUAGAAAGUAGUAAGAAUGCUCUAGAAAUGUAAAAAUGGUUGAUGUCUAAGACAGAAAAUGCUCCCCAUGUGGGCUUGCAUGAGGAGGAACUGUGAUGCUUUUGGCAAGUUUUUGUGCAACAUGAAAAGUUUUUGUUACACGGCAAUGAGGGAGGUCAAGUUACACUGAGAACUAUGUGGGUAGUAAGCCAGACAAGGCUGUGUCUUUUAACUGCUAAGCAGUGAGUCAGUGCAUAAUGAAGUGUUAAAUAUUUUACUUCGGUUUCCUUCAACAGUGUUGCCCUAAAAGUUGUCAAAUGCAUCACAGCUUCAAGUAACGCUUCGUCGCUUCGAGCGUGCAGCAGCUUGAAGCUAUGCAGUUCAGUGGAGCAAAGCUCACUGAUGCUGAUAGUGUUCUGAAAGUGAAAAUGUUAAUGUGAGUUCUGAGAGAAUGUGAUUUGGCUGGUGUUGAAAAGAGAACGGUUGAAACACUAAUAUAAUAGGUCAGAUCUUCUGUGAAGAAAUCCUUUAACCUCAUAUUUAUCAAUGAGUUAUAACAAGGGCAUGAUAUCAGAUGGUUUGAUAUCUGGUCAGGAUUUCAAACAAUAAGAAAAAAUAUGGUUUUAAAUGAUCAAAUAUGCAUAUUUUUUAUGGUAUCAGGUAGUUUGACCUGAAGAAGAAAUCCUUAAGAACCAGUAUUGAGUUCAGUGAUGAGUUCAAUGAAAUUUCAAGUGUCUACAGAAGUCUUGAAAGUUCUAUUUAUCUGGGUUACUCUUGGUAUCCUUCAGUUUUCCAUUGUGAGAUUCCCAUUUCAUUAAUGUAUCCUGUAUUAGUAGUAAACUGCUUGAAUAUUGAUUAAAUGAAGCACAACUAUCAAUGCCUCUCAAACAGCUGAGUGCCAAACCAUGUCCCAUGUGAAGGCUGAAACUGGAACUUGAAUUUGUUUGUCUCUCAAACGUUUCCUGUCAGAGAAGCGAGUCUGAGCGCAGCUGUAGCUCAGGAAGCGCACAGUCACACGUGGGUGUUCUGUCAUGGCAACAGGCACAAAGUCACGUUCAGAAGGAGCUUUUAAAGUCUUUUAAGUAGAAGCUUUUAUUCAAAGAGCCUUUACAAUACUAUUAUUGCAUGUGACAGUACAGAGACGCUGUAGGUGUCACAUUUGAAGUCACAACCACUUCUGUUGUAGAGACAUAAUGUUUUUUUGAUCAGUCCUGGUGGGCGUUCAGCAUCGUGCUGCAGUAUCAGCCACAUUGGCUGAUGGAGUAUGAACGGUGCUCACUUCCACCUUAUCAACAGUCGUUCACUUAUCAGUACGUCAUUUCCUGUUUGUUCUAGUGGGUCUACAAGUUUUGUCUGGUUUACAUCUGAAUCAUUGCACUUUUGUUAAUAAUAUGCAUCGUUAAGUGUCAGUCAUGUGAGCAUGUGGUUUGUGUUUUACUCUGUAUUUAUUAUUAUUUUAUAAUGGUAAAAUUACAGGUAAGAUUUAGCCAGAUUGUCCCUUUUGAACCCCGUAAGUGCAGUUAUUUAAAUGUACUGUUGUUUUUUGUUGUAUUGUUUUUAAAAGAACAACACAUAGGAAAAAGGUGUUUUUAACUGUAACCUAACCAGCCUUCCUAUAUGUUGACCCAGCAUUUAAGCCAACACUGCUGAAAUGUGACAAAAGAAACGCUGAGAUGAAUUGUUUGAGGAAGCACGUGAUGCCUGUUUGUCAGGUUUUUGUACAUUUAUAUGCUGUUUAUGGAUUAAAGUUGCUUUAUCUGCCAAUGUCCUUUUCUGAAUAGCUAGACUAUAGUCUCAAACUAUUUAUAAAUGGCAUAUUUCGUUAACAAGAUAAGUAAUUUAAUGUUAUAUUUGACAAUUUACUAAUGGUAUAUUAGUGUCCUGCCAUGGCAGUUAUUUUAUUUACUUUUAUUUUAAUUGUUAUAUUUUGAAAUUGAGGGCAGAAUGCCCAGAUACUGUAUGUAGACUUUUUAAAGAGGGCUGUUCACCUAAACUGAUGUUUUUAAUAAAAUGUGAAAAUGAAA